CUCUCUCUCUUUGUCUUCACCGAGUUUAAGCUAUUAUGGCUAUUGCCUUGUCAUCGAGAUGAACCACGCGCGAGCGCCGGUCGACGCGACAGAUGAGCCGCCUUCGCGUUUCUCGUGAUGAGCAGGACCAGUCCGCCGCGAGGUCAUAGAUUUACGUAAUCGUCAUGCGUGAACAGGUGUGUGCUCCGACGCUUCGUAGGACACCGACGGAAACCCGUUUCUCUCGGCGCGUGUGUGCGCGGAAGGUGAGUACUCCGCCGACGGUGGGGCCGGCUCCAGUCGCUCGCUCUGCUCCGCCUGGUCGUCCUCGGCUCGUCGAGCUUGUUGCGCCAUGCCGCGUCGAGACGCGUCAUUAUGCAAGAUCUGGACCUCUUUGAAACAUGUAUCUGAAGGAAAGCAACAUCGCUGACGCGGGUGUGAGCGCGUCGAGCGCACCGCCCGACAUGCCGGAACCGAAUAUCCCCGACGAGGAGAACAUCUUCUGGAUCCUCGUAGACUGCUUUCUGUUCGUCGUGAUCGUCCUAGGCAACGUGCUGACGAUCGUGGCGAUCGCGGUGACCCGGCGGCUCAGGAACGUCGUCUCCAACUUCUUCGUGCUGAACUUGGCCGUGUCGGAUCUGCUGGUAGGCAUGGCGCUGCCGUACCACUUGGCCUUUUACGUGAACGACGCGCUCAGCCACGAGGAAUUGAUCUGCGUGUCACGCUUCGUGCUCAUCAGCCUGGCUUGCGGCGGCAGCAUCUACAACAUCAUGGUGAUCGCCAUCGACCGUUACGUCGCGAUUGUCCAUCCGCUCAGCUACAACAACUACGCCACGCGGAGGCGUAUGCUGUUCAUCAUAGCCGGCACGUGGCUCUGCACCAUCGGCGUGUCGUCGAUCCCGAUCUACUGGAACCGCUUCAGCGCCACGUCCACCUGCGAGCUCGAGACAGUCUUGCCGAGGUACUACAUCGUGGCUAUACAGAUGCCAUCGUUCCUUCUGACCUGGGUGACGAUGUUCCUGUUGUACGUGAAGAUCUGGAAGGAGGCGCAAAUGUGCGCGCGCCGAAUGAAUCUCAGUAUCGUCUCAAGCUUCACCGAGAAGAACGACCGUAGGAGCGUGCAUGUGGUGCUGAUGAUACUAGGCUGCUUCUCGAUCUGCUGGCUCCCGUACUUCGUCGUGGCGUGCAUGCGGAGCUUCGGCUGGAUGCAAGACUCGACCAACACGUGGUACAAGAUCACGUUCGCGUUGGCGCUCGCCAACAGCGGUAUGAACCCCGUCAUAUACGCGUGGAAGAACACCAGCUUCCGCCGAGCGUUCCAGAAGAUCCUGCGCCUCAAGUCGCCCAACAACAAACUCAACUCGAGCCUGAAGGUCUUCCUGGAGCAGCAGCGCAACGAGAUCAGGAGCAAGCAGAAGGACGCGGAGAGCGAGCACGGGGUCAGCGGGAACAGCGGCCUCCGUGGAUACCCGUCCGAGCAACGAUGUGAUCACACGGAGGAGGAGGACAGGGCUAGAGUGGAGAACACGAUUUUGUAACGGCGACCGACCGUGUGUCGAGAGCCGACAACUACCUGCGACAAUUAUAAAUUAUUCCACUUUCUACGUAGUGUGUGUAUGUGUGUGGGUGUGCGUAUGAGAAACGACGAUACCAGAUGAAAGAAGAUGUUUACUCGCUUGAAUCCCCAACCUUCAAACUUCAAAACUCAGUGGACUCUGCCCAUCCCAACUGGAACGCGUGUGGCUCUCAUCUAGCUUUCUCUGAUAAGAAGUUUGUUUUCUUUCGCUGAACCAGUUUACAUUUUCGGAAUUUAGAAAGAGACACUCGCGCAGUUGAGACUUGUUGGGGAAAGAAGAAGAGAGAACCAGUUGAACGUGGUGUAACCAGUUCAGCGACCAGUUCAGGAAACACAACUUAAGAAUGAAGCUAGACAAAGAUCGAGCAUCUGUGGCAUUCCUUUGGCUGUCCUUUGCAAAUGCAGUGUUUGCAGUUCCUCAUGGAACGUCUAUACAGGGUGUUGGAGAAAAAGGACUGCAGGGUACCCAUCGCAUUGAGCAAAAAGCGCUUGGUAAAUAAAUUGAUCGGAAAAUCAAUCCCUUCAGGUGAUAAAAAGAAGCAUGCCCUACCGAAAUCGAGAAACAUAUGAGACUCUGAAAGGGAUUCAUCUUUCGACUCAUGUUUACUAAGCUUUUUACUUACUAUAAUGAGUAAAAAGUUCCACCUACUUUGUAAGCCUGGAACUCUUCUUUUUACCUAAACAACUUUUGUACAAAUACUCUGUAAAUUUCUCAGAGUGAAACCUCACCGAGAGCGAGUGAAAUUUCACUCAAGGAAAUCUCAAGAGUAAGACACGUUCGAUGAUCAUCGCGGCACCUACCUCGACACCGGUCACUCCCAAGGCCGCUUUGAUGUUCGGCGUCAUGCGGAACGGCACUUUCUCCGGGACGCGCAGGGUCUUGCCUUUCUCGAAGCAGACGUUGUAGUCGAUAUGCACGACUUCGCCGGUGUUGAGGUCGACGAGAACGUUGUCCAAGUGUCGGUCGCCCAGACCGAUGAUGUAGCCGAUGAUGGACAUGACCGCGACGGAGUACGAGUAAUUCCUGGUGGCUUGCCACCAGCUGCCGGCGUUGACGCUGUUGCACCAGAUUUCUCUGCAAAGUGAGACGGGGAUGAGUGUCCCGAUUCAUGCCUCGAUUAACAGCGUCCAGUGGCGUUAAUAAACAAGUUAAUGAACUCCAGUAGCGCAGGAUUAGACCUCUCCAGAUAGAUAUUCAUGAUUGCCCUGCAAUCUCACGACGUGAAACAAUCGAUGUGAUAUGAAAACUUUUACCAUUAUAUUUAUAGAGCAAACAUGCUGUACCGAAUCAGUCAACAAAUUCACGUUGCUUCGAACAAAUCGCGAUCGUCUCUUUCGUAUUUCUUUUUCAUCCGUUCUUUUAUGUGAUAAAUACAGCACUGUACGAAUCACUCAUAAAAAACGCAACCUACGUCUAAUAAAGUUGCUGCCAAAUUGA